UAACCAGGGCGUGUUUGUGGUUGGCCAGCCACUGUCUUCCUCUCCCCGGCUCCGCUGCUCCAUUGGUCGGCGGCUCUCUUGAAUGAAGCGCCGCAGAAACGUGCAGGCAGCAGGCAGGCAGGAGGGAAGCCACCGACGCACAGCAACACGACCCCCGGGCGGGCUGCGCUGGUGGUCGGACACCGGUUAUCUGUCGACCAGGGGCGACUGGCUCUCUCCCUGAGCUCGGUGGUCGGAGAGUGGAUGAGGUUGAUGCUGCUCUGCUGCACCUGGAAGGACGAACGCAUGGGAGAGGAGGAAGCGGGGGGGAGCUUGCCCGUCUGUGCGGGAUGCAAACAGAGGAUCUACGAUGAGCAGUACCUCCAGGCCCUCAACGCCGACUGGCACACCGUCUGCUUCAGGUGUUGUGAGUGCAGCGCCUCGCUGUCACACUGGUAUUAUGAAAAGGACGGACGGCUCUUCUGCAAGAAGGACUACUGGGCCAAAUUUGGGGAGCUGUGCCAUGGCUGCAAUGACCCAAUCACCACCGGCCUCAUCAUGGUCGCAGGGGAACAGAAGUAUCACCCAGAAUGCUUCACCUGCCUGAACUGCAGGGCGUUCAUCGGUGAUGGAGACACGUACGCGCUGGUGGAGAGAUCCAAACUCUACUGCGGUCACUGUUACUACCAGACCAUUGUGACCCCGGUGUCGCUGCCGGACUCGCCAUGCUCACGCAUCCCUCACACCGUCACCCUUGUGUCCAUCCCGGCCUCUGCCGAGGGAAACAACGGACGCCGAGGCCGAGGCUUCUCCGUGGCCAUCGACCAGCCGCUGAGCCCGACCAACGGCUACAGCCCCGAACAUGGACACACUGUCAGAGUCUCCCAAGUGGAUGCAGAAUGCAUCAGCCCAGAUGUGAAAAACUCCAUUCAUGUUGGAGACAGGAUCCUGGAAAUCAACGGGACGCCCAUUCACAACGUCCCUCUGGACGAGAUCGACCUGCUGAUCCAGGAGACGAGCCGUCUGCUGCAGCUCACCAUCGAGCACGACCCUCACGGUCAGGGGCAGGAGGGGGGCGGCCCGGAGGCUGAAGAGCAGGUGCAUGGCCCCCUGUCUACCCCUCUGUCCGAGGGCCCUAGCCUCGUCCUGCCCAUCACCCAGCCCCCAAACCCCGACAUCAGCCACCUAAGAUCCCGCAUCAUCACGCGGAGUUACAGCAUCGAUAAGUCACCAGGCUCCAGCAACGCGGCGUCUCCGAUCUCCCAGCGGAAGGACAUCAAUCGAUCAGAAUCGCUCCGCGUCGUCUCAAAUCCAACUCACCGCAUCUUCCGGCCCUCAGACCUCAUCCACGGAGAGGUGCUGGGGAAGGGCUGCUUCGGACAGGCCAUCAAGGUGACUCACAAGGAGACAGGGGAGGUGAUGGUGAUGAAGGAGUUGAUUCGUUUUGACGACGAGACACAGAAAACAUUCCUCAAAGAGGUGAAAGUCAUGCGUUGUCUGGAUCACCCCAACGUGCUCAAGUUCAUUGGAGUCCUCUACAAGGACAAGAGACUCAACUUCAUCGCAGAGUACAUAAAGGGAGGCACCUUGAGGGAAAUCAUCAAGAAAAUGGACAGUAACUAUCCCUGGAACCAGCGGGUCAGUUUCGCCAAGGACAUAGCUGCUGGGAUGACAUACCUUCAUUCCAUGAACAUAAUCCACCGGGACCUCAACUCACACAACUGUCUCGUCAGAGAGGACAACACGGUGGUGGUGGCGGACUUCGGGCUUGCUCGCCUCAUGGUGGACGACAAGCACGAGGAGAAGCUGACGCAGGGGAAGCUCCCCGGCCUGAAGAAGCCCGACCGCAGGAAGAGGUACACUGUGGUGGGAAACCCCUACUGGAUGGCUCCUGAGAUGAUCCACGGGAAGAGCUAUGAUGAGAGAGUAGACAUCUUUUCCUUCGGUAUCAUGCUCUGUGAGAUCAUAGGCAGGGUGAACGCAGACCCAGACUACCUCCCCAGGGCGACGGACUUUGGACUGAACGUCUCUGGUUUCCUGGAGCACUACUGUCCCCCCGAUUGUCCUCCCGCCUUCUUCCCCAUGGCCGCUCUGUGUUGUGACCUUGAUGCAGACAAACGGCCUCCCUUCUCCAAACUGGAAGAGUGGCUUGAGAACCUGAAGAUGCACUUGGAAAUCGGCCUGCCUCUGAUGUCUGAACUGGACCAGCUGCACAAGGCCUUCUGGGAGCACCACAGCGCGCCGCCCCCAGAGAACGGCCUGCACACCCACCCCGAGCAGCCCGAGUAGGGCCGAGCACGACGGGCGGGAGGUAGCGGGUUAAGUCCGGGUUAACCCCCCUACGAGGGCAGCGGCCGCCUGCGUCGGGUGGCGGAGGAGGCCGGAGGAGUUGUGAGGAACCACCCCCUCCACGUCUUGAGCGGGCGGAGGCUGGCUCAGGCUUAACGAGUAGACUCAGGGGGAAAAAUGUGGAUCUAAAAAAGCCACCUGUGCGACACGCGCGCACACAUUCAAGGGACAUUACGGUAGCUCCAGCUCUGCUGCACCUGAAGCUAAAGUGGAACACGCCAUAUGCAAUCAGACCCAACUUUCCAAUCAUGUAGAUUUAACAUCACACCAGUCCAGAAUACUUACUGUAGUGUGUAUAGUCGAAAAACAAAAACGCAUAAAGCAAACCUCCAGCAGAAUCACUUAGGUCCUCUACAGAGUGCAUUGUGCAGUAUGUGUUUGUGAGUUUGAUUUUGCUUUUGUUUUUGGAUCCCAAGACCCGAACCUAACGACAAAUGCAAAAGAAUAGAGAGGCCAGUGUGUUGUUAAGGUUUAAAUCCACUUGUACACAUGAAACGAAACCUUUUUAAGCUUUAAACACUUCCCUGAUGAGUGCAUGACUGUAAAUAACACUGUCAGGUCAGAUCCCGGGUUCGUGAUCGUGAUCCCUCUGACCUCAUCCCGUCACAAACCACUAAUUAUCGUACACGUGUCGCUGCCCCUCUCCACCAGUCAUUGUGUAGCACUGAGUCGACGUCGAGGUACGCGUUUGGCCCAAAUUCGGUACGCUGUCUCUCAUUUUUAAGAGCGCAUUUCAUUCACAUCCAGUUCCAGACCAGUGUACAUAGCCGGCGGCGUUUGUAAAUGUUUUAAAUAUUGUAAAUGUACAGACAUAUUUUAUAUACGUAUGCUACAUUGCCAUAUUUUUUAAUCGGCCGGCGAGUUGAGACGAAAGGGCGCAAAAGUCUGACUGCAGUUCAAAAAGGGCACAACAGAAAGUUUUAUGUAUUUUUUUCUCUGCAUCAUCACCACUGUGGGAGGUUGUGGGUUAUUUCCCUCCAUCCAAAAACAAACAAACAAAGAAAGAAACUCCACAUUUGAUUGGUUGUUUUGGAGCAGCCGUAGAUGUGUGCUGGAGUAAACUUUAUCAUCGUACUGGAUUAUCUAAUCGUUGAUUUAAAGGGGUUAAUCACCCCUUUUAGUCUAUUACGACGAAUUUUAUGUGAUAUUUUGAGGGCAAUCGAUUAAUGCUAACGAUUCACUCUCGUCUCAUGUACUGUACAGUAGUUCAGGUGAGGGAAUAACGUCACCAGGUACUGCCUCAUCACAGAUGUCUGUCCACAAGAGGAUCAUCCACUGUUUGUUUACAUGUAAAUGCUAGCUGUAAAUAUCCCCCUAUAUACGUGUCUGUCCUGUCAUCUCUCCAUGUGCAUCGCAUACACGUCAUGCGUACUCCUCAGAAAUAAUCUGUCAGAUUUCUCUCUUCUUGCACCUUCUAACACAAGAUUCCUGUCUCUGAUUUUAUUUUUAUUUUUAUUUUUGAAAAUUUCCUGCUGUUGUUUCCACCAGCUGCAUGAUGUACUAGCUAGGUCUGCUCAGCUUCUACUCCGAGCUACUUGUGUCUCUAAAUAUCGUGGUUUUAAAUAAGAAAACGAGGAAAGACAGAAAAGGUCGGGCUCGAAAAUAGAAACGAGAGAAAGAAAAGAAAAAAAAACAAACACAGCAUCUGCUUUUUUACCCACUGAACUCCUUUUGUAUACAUUUGAGUACUUUGAUUUGCACUAUAUAUUACCAAAUGGCUGUUUGAAGCCAUGUUUGUUGAUUUCUUCUCUUGGGCUACUUGUGAUAAGGAAAUAAAUAACGUCGGUUCAGGUUGAUAAAUGAAUGCAAGACACUGAUAGAGCCUUUCAACUGUAAAACUGUAAGAAAAAAAGGGGGGGUUUCUGGGAGAUUCAUCCUCUUGAUAGAAAACUGGACCGUGAGAGGAUUAGUCUCCGGUUAUAUUUUUGUGCACAGUUUAAAUACAGCUUUGGCAGCAGCUUAUCUGAUCUCCCUGUAAUCUCGUUUUUAAGUAAACUCAUAUAUCCAAGGCAAUAUUGACAAUAUUUACAGUUUCAAGAGGAAUACUAUCAUGUGAGAAAGUCUCUUGAUCUUUGCUACCAAGAGGAUGUGAUGUCCCAGCUCUGCCUGCUGCCUACAGACUGGUCCUUUGUGAAUGAUGUCCUGUGUUGUUGUUUCUGACUGCUCGGUUUUUCACAUGCGACGCCCACAGAGGCUGCGUCCACUGCUGAUCCUUCUCAUAAAUAGAGCACUUAAACUGGCCUUCCUCACCUCCUCACCAUACUCUUUUGGCUCAGGGCCGUGAUUUUCCUCACAGUUCAUUUGAUUCAGCAGCCUGAACAGGAGACCCCGUAGCGCAUGUUAAACUCGCGUCAGUACUCGUCACACAAAUCAGGCUUCUCCAAGUCAAGCGCUCCCCCUCCCAGCUGAUGUGUUCGUCCGCGGGCAUGUACUGCACACGAGCGUUUCCUUUCUCCAUUCCUGUCUGAGCCAUGUCGAGCAUGUUAGAUGUGUCUGUGAGGACGUGUCGAUGAUCACUGAGAAUGUUGCCGCAGCACUUCUUUGCAAAGGAUCGUUACCUCUGAACAAUGCUGUGCCUUUGUUGUAAGCUAGCCUUGCCAACGACUCGAAAAACUGAUUUCCUUUUUGUAUGGAUCAUAAGUGCAAGUCCGAUUCAAGUGGAAUGAAUAUUAUCGCCGAUACCAUGUUGUAUGAGAUUUCAUCUGGUUCUGUAUCAUAUUUAUAUUUUCCAGAUCUCCAUUGUCGGUUUUGAUAUUUUAAUAUUUCUUUUUUUUGUCUUAUUUAAUUUUUUUUUUUACACAAGCUGUGAAAACAAUUCUGCACUUUAAUCCUGAACGUGAACAUUUAGACUCUGAGGAGGCGACUGUUUGUUUUUCCUUUUGUCACAGCUAAAAAUAAAACUGUUGCUCCUUAAACAAA